GAGACUGCAGAGGCCGACUGGGUCGGGAAGAUCAGGAAGAGGGUAGAGGACCCUGAGAAGGAUGCAAUGGCAGAGAACAGGACUUGGCCCUGCGUCUGCAGGUCCCCACAUUGCUUUGGAGAGAGUUGGCCAGAAACUCCUGAAGAAGCUCCCUUCUCCAAAAGCACAGGACUGGUGCUAUGUGUACUAGAUAAAAAGAAGCAAGAAAGAUGAGAUAGACAGGCCAGCAAGCUCAGGGAGAGGGAGCAUAGCUUGAAUAAGUCCCUGUGAAAGUGGAAUGGCCCUUCAUUUGAAUGCAAAUGUUAUGUAAAGGCAUGGAGCCCCUUGACGUCAGCCCAGCUAUUGGUGGCCCAUCUAUACAGGGUUACCAGUCACCUGGAAGCCUUCAGGGUAGGAAACGUGGGAUGGAGCAGUCGGAGGGAAGCAGAGGAGCUUGCAGCACAGCUACGGACUGACGGAUUCGCUGCUGCUUUCUGGAAGUUGGGACCGGGCCUUGCAGGGAUAUCAGGAUGGCUUAGGGAGCUCCUUCCUCCCACCCAAGGCAUCAUGUACGGAAGCAAUCUUUUGGAGAAAGAAGUGGGCAUGUACCCGGGCACACUCAGGAGCCCUCGGGGAGAUGGCAGUGCUGACGGGGAUGGCACUGGGGGCAGUGGGAGUCCGCUGCCAGCUCCCAACUUCGGGGCGGUCCCUGCCUAUGUGCACUACACGGGGUAUCCCCACAUGUCCAAUAUGGAUCUCCAAGGGCCGUCGCUAGAAGCCUGGGGGUCACCAUUCAGUCUCCCCCGGGAAGACUGGAACGUGUACUCUGGGCCGUCCAAUACAAUAGGCUCUGUGCCCACGAACGACUUGACCCCUAGCCCAGCCGCUUUCGGCCUGCCUGAGUACUGCAACCUGGGCCCAGCGGGUGGCGGAAACAGCGGCGUCAGCCUGCCAGCCCCAGCCGACCGGACACUGGUCCCCAUUGACGCGGGGACCGCUGACACCAGUUCCCCCAGGAGGAACCGACACAGCCCUUAUGCCUGGAUGCGCAAGACCGUGCAGGUGACCGGCAAAACCAGGACAAAAGAAAAGUAUCGUGUUGUUUACACAGAUCAUCAAAGGCUGGAGCUGGAAAAGGAAUUCCACUGCAAUAGAUAUAUCACCAUCCAGAGGAAAUCAGAGCUGGCAGUCAACCUGGGCCUUUCUGAGAGACAGGUGAAAAUCUGGUUUCAAAAUCGCAGAGCCAAGGAGAGGAAGAUGAUCAAGAAGAAAAUCUCUCAGUUUGGGAACAGUGGAGGCUCAGUGAAAAGUGACUCUGGGUCCAUCAGUCCUAGGGAACUGCCUAACACUUUUUUCACCACCCCAUCUGCUGUCCAUGGAUUUCAGCCUAUCGAGAUAAAACAGGACUAUCUGGGCAAUGAUCCCAGCUCUGCCCUCUGGGAACUGGCCAUGUUCUCUGAACUCUUGGUGAAGGCCCCACCUUCUAGGCCCACUGGGACAGUUUUGGGAAGCCCUAUUCCUCUGAUUGGCCUGAGUAAUGACCCCGCCCUCCUGGCCCUUGGUGGCUCCAUUCUCCUGACCCACAGACAUGACAGCCCCCUCAACUUUGGGUAG